ACGAGUUGUUGAGCAUCAGACUGUUGACCCUCUGAGUCCUGUUUGUGUCUAAGCCGUCGUCUUCUGAUCCGCUGGGAAAAUGGCCGCUGUUUGGACCAGACUUCUUCUCCUGGGAGUGUUUGUUGCCGUUGCACACGGGCUGACGUGUCGCCGCUGUCCGAUCGCGAUCUUGGGGCGAUGUCUGGCCGCCAGCGAUGAUGUCGAAUGCGACAACUCGACCCGCAGUUGCUUCACCCGGACUGCGUCGUUCGAUGGCGCUGGUUUUUUCCGACCUCAAAGCCAGGGGUGUGUGCUCACGACCUCCUGUGGCCGGACAGAGGCCGGCACCUUCCUUGGCUUCGGUUUUACCGGCUCCAGUGCCUGCUGCAGGACGGACCUGUGCAACGGAGGGACGUCGGUGCAGCUGUCGCUCACUGCCGCGUGCGUCGCUGUUCUGGCGUCGCUCUGGGCUCGUUAGACGACGCACGGCGCUACGAUACGUUCUCAGCAGACACAGUUACGCCUCGUGCCCACUACCUCCGUCCGUUGACUGAUCCCCAUUGACUUUGAAUGGGGACCGACGCGCAAUGCAU